AUGAUGGCGCAUGGGUCCGCUAGCGUCGCCGAAACGGCUUCCGCUUCUCUGAGAAGGCUCCACCUCUCAGCCUGCAGCACCAACCCGCUUCCUUCCCAGUGUCCUGCAUUCGCGCGCCAACCGGGGGGUAUGGCUGGCCGAUGGCGGUCGCUGGCUUCUCGAGCCCCGGCAUUGCAAGCCAUUUUCGUACCCACUCAGCAAGCUUCCUGCAGUGCCUCCUCUACGCCCCUCGUUAAAAACGCAGACCUUCCAGGUGUUGCGCAGUCUCUGACGUCGUUCUUCGGCGCUCGGUUAGAUCAGCCGGACUCGACCUCUGCGAAUCAGUUCCGGAGAUCCUUCCGGUCCGCGAGCCAAGUCUCUGCAAAUGCUGCAAUACUAGUAGAGGAAGCGGCGAGGGGGGAGGAGGAGAAUGCGGCCCCUGCGCAGCGGGUGGGGGCGUAUCCAUUCAAGGAACUGGAGGCCAAGUGGCAGACAACGUGGGCGGAGCGCAAAACGUUCCGGACGCCAGAGGAAGUGGACACCAGCAAGCCAAAGUUCUAUGCGCUGGACAUGUUUCCAUACCCCAGUGGCGCUGGGCUGCACGUAGGCCAUCCGGAGGGGUACACUGCGACCGACAUCGUGUCGCGCUACAAGCGGAUGAAGGGCUUCAACGUGCUGCACCCCAUGGGCUGGGAUGCGUUUGGGCUGCCGGCAGAGCAGUAUGCGCUUGAGACGGGCACGCACCCGAAGGUGACGACGGAGCGCAACGUGGCGCGCUUCCGCACGCAGCUCCAGUCGCUCGGCUUCUCGUACGACUGGGACCGCGAGUUCUCGACGACGGACGAGAAGUACUACCGGUGGACGCAGUGGAUCUUCCUCAAGCUCUGGGAGAACGGCCUGGCUUACCAGGCUGAGGUGCCGGUCAACUGGUGUCCGGCCCUGGGCACGGUUCUGGCGAACGAGGAGGUCAUUGACGGCCUGAGCGAGCGGGGAGGCCAUCCCGUCAUCCGAAAGCCAAUGCGUCAGUGGAUGCUGCGCAUCACGCGCUACGCGGACCGUCUCCUGGACGACUUGGAAGACCUCAACUGGCCCGAGAGCAUCAAGGAAAUGCAGCGCAACUGGAUCGGCCGUUCCGAGGGCGCCGAGAUCGACUUCCCCAUUCUCGCCCCCGACGGUUCCGUCACCGAAAGCUCCCUCCGCGUUUUCACGACCCGUCCCGAUACGCUGUUCGGCGCGACGUACAUGGUCGUUGCGCCGGAGCACCCGCUGGUGGAGCACGUGACGUCAGCAGAGCAGCGGGGGGCGGUGGAAGAGUACGUGAAGAAGGCGGCGCUGAAAAGCGAUUUGGAGCGGACCGAGCUGCAGAAGGAGAAGACGGGGGUGGCGACCGGGGGAUAUGCGCGGAACCCGGCAACCGGGGAGAAGGUGCCCAUCUGGGUCGCCGACUACGUGCUCGGCAGCUACGGUACUGGCGCCAUCAUGGCCGUUCCCGCGCACGACUCCCGCGACCACGAAUUCGCCACUGCUUUUGACCUCCCCAUUAUCCAAGUCGUUUCCGCCCCCAAAGGAAUCAAAGUCGACUCCAACGAGGCCUUUUCAGAGCCGGGAAAAGCCGUCAACUCUAGUAGCGAGGCAACCGGGUUGAAACUCGACGGGUUGAGUACGAAGAAAGCGGCGGCCAGGGUUAUAGAGUGGUUAGAGAGCACGAAGCAGGGGACAAAAAAGGUUAACUACAGGUUACGAGACUGGUUGUUUGCGCGGCAGCGGUACUGGGGGGAGCCGUUCCCGAUGGUUUACGUGGACGGUGCAAGCGAUCCUGUGCCGAUUCCGGAGAGUGAGCUUCCGUUGGUGCUGCCGGAAACGGACUCGUACAAGCCGAGCGGAACGGGGGAGAGCCCGCUGGCUACGAUCACGGAUUGGGUCAAUACAACAGAUCCGAGCGGGCGGCCCGCGCGACGAGAAACCAACACGAUGCCGCAGUGGGCGGGGUCCUGUUGGUACUUCAUCCGGUUCAUUGACCCGGGCAACGACCAGGCGCUCGUCGAUCCGGAUAAAGAGCGCUACUGGGGCCCGGUAGACCUCUACGUGGGCGGGGCGGAGCACGCCGUGCUGCAUUUGCUGUAUGCGCGGUUUAUUUACAAGUUUUUGUUCGACAUUGGCGUUGUUUCUCGAAAGGAGCCGUUCCAGAGCCUGGUGAACCAGGGCAUGAUCCUAGGGGAGGUUGAGUACACGACGUUCCGGAACGAGCGGGGUGAGCGGGUGUCUGCAGACGUGGCAUCCUCCAGCCGAGAAACAUACACCCCGGAGCGGAUCCCGGAAAGCGAGGUGACGAAGUCCGGCAACGAGUACGUGCUGCGCACCGACCCCGGCGUGCGCGUGCAGGCGCGCGCGCACAAGAUGUCCAAGUCGCGGGGCAACGUCAUCAACCCGGACGACGUCGUGUCCGAAUACGGCGCGGACAGCCUGCGCCUGUACGAAAUGUUCAUGGGUCCGCUGAAGGAGACCAAAGUGUGGAGCACUAAUGGCGUAGAGGGAGUGCACCGCUUUCUGGCGCGUGCGUGGCGGCUGGUCGUGGGCCAGAAGGAGGGCGCUGACGUCAGCGUGACGGAGAACGAGCCGAGCGAGGGGCAGCUGCGCACGCUGCACGCGUGCAUACAAAAGGUGACGGAGGAGGUGGACAACAUGCGCUUCAACACGGGCAUCGCCGCCAUGAUGGAGUUUGUCAACGCCGCCAACAAGUGGGAUGACCGGCCCCGCGCCGCACUGGAGCCGUUCGUGCUGCUGCUGUCGCCGUUUGCGCCGCACGUCGCGGAGGAGCUGUGGCACCGCCUGGGGCACCCCGACUCGCUCGCGUACCAGCCCUGGCCGCAGGCCGAGGAGAAAUACUUGGUGGCCAACUCGUUCGUGCUGCCGGUCCAAGUGAACGGCAAGACGCGGGUGACGCUCGAGCUGCCGGUGGGCAUCGACCAGGCGGCCGCUAUGGCGCGCGCGCUGCAAGAAGAGGCGGUCGCUAAGUACACCGACGGGAAGGAGAUCAAGAAGACGAUCUACGUGCCCGGCAAGAUCCUCAACCUAGUUGUUGGCAAGUGACGGGGAGUAAGUUCACGGGGCCUUUUUAAGCCAGCGGCAGGAACGGGAGGGACGUCUAAUAGACAAUAUACGUGCUUGGGACGACCUCGAUUUAGUUGGGCACAAGCGAGGGGGUUCGUGCAUAAGAGCGCGAGAGACGACAGGAACUGCCGCGUUGUGGCCAGGCUAAUUGCAGCAAUACAGCAUUAUAAGGAGCUGCACAAACCCGCUGAUAAGAUGGAGCUGCACAAACCCAAAGCUGGCCGCCAGCGUCUCAG